CUUGCUGCAUCUGAAAGGCUGAAACUCUCUGGGAAUAAAGAAUCCUUGUAGCAAUGCCAGAACCCACCAAGAAAGAUGAAACUGAAAAUGAAAGUGCACCACCACCUCCAGAACAAAAAACACCACAGGAGGGUGGAAAUGAAAAGGGUAAAGAUGAAGAUGACACCUCAGUUAGUACUCCACCAGCAGAUGGGAUGUCUAAGCCAGCGGAAAGAAAAGAUUCAGUAUGGUCUCUUGGAGAAGGAGCUCCAGAAGAGUCAGAAAAACGUGACGACGCCCAAAGAUCCACUUUAUUCAUUGAGAAACCUCAGAGUGGGACAGUGAGUGUUGGUGGGAAUAUUACAUUUAUAGCCAAAGUAGAAGCCAAAGAUCUUCUCCGAAAGCCAAAUGUUAAGUGGUUUAAAGGAAAAUGGAUGGAUCUGGCCAGUAAAGCGGGGAAGCACCUGCAGCUGAAGGAGUCCUUCGAGCGUCACACUAAGAUUCAUACAUUUGAGAUGCAGAUCAUCAAAGCUAAGGAAAACUAUGCAGGGAACUAUCGCUGUGAAGUGUCUUACAAGGACAAAUUUGAUAGCUGCUCUUUUGACCUUGAAGUCACUGAAUCUUCCCAAGCUGCUCCAUCCAUUGACAUCAGAUCUGCUUUCAAAAGAAGUGGUGAAGGACAAGAGGAUGCAGGAGAACUUGACUUUAGUGGUCUCCUGAAACGUAGGGAGGUUAAGCAGCAAGAGGAAGAGCCUGAGGUGGAUGUGUGGGAUCUCCUGAAGAACGCGAAUCCCAGCGAGUACGAGAAGAUUGCUUUCCAGUACGGCAUCACCGACCUGAGGGGGAUGCUGAAACGGCUGAAGCGCAUGCGCAGGGAGGUGAAGAAGAGUGCAGCUUUUGCCAAAGGCCUCGAUCCUGCAUACCAGGUGGACAAAGGAGGCAAAGUAAGAUUCAUGGUGGAGCUAGCAGAUCCAACAGUGGAACUCAAGUGGUAUAAAAAUGGCCAAGAAAUACGACCAAGUGCAAAAUACAUUUUUGAGCACAAAGGCAACCAGCGAAUUUUAUUCAUCAAUAACUGCACGAUGACAGACGAUGCUCGCUAUUACGUAACAGCUGGUGAUGAGAAAUGCUCCACAGAACUGUUUGUGAGAGAUCCUCCGAUUUUGGUGACCAAAGGCCUGGAGGACACCAGCACCUAUGUUGGUGAACGAGUAGAGCUGAGCUGUGAAGUGUCUGAGGAUGAUGCAAAUGUGAAAUGGUUUAGAAAUGGUGUAGAACUUUCCAACGAUCCUAAAUCUCGGUAUCGAAUUAAGGUUGAGGGUAAGAAGCACACUUUGGUCAUAGAGGAAGCUGCCAAAAAUGACACUGCAACUUACUCAGUAAUGACAACUGGAGGGCAAUCAGAAGCCAAGCUUUCGGUUGACUUGAGACCUCUGAAGAUAUCACUUGCACUAGAAGACCAGACUGUGAGGCUGGGACAGGAAAUCCACUUGAAGUGUGAGAUAUCUGAGAAUGUGGAAGGGAAAUGGUACAAAAAUGGACAGCUGAUUGAAGCUAGUGACCGUGUAAAGCUUUAUCACAAAGGAAGAAUCCACAGAUUUGUUAUACCAGUUUCUGCUGUUGAUGAUGAGGGGGAAUACAUGUUUGUGCCAGAUGCCUACAACAUUAAUAUUCCAUGCAAAGUGCAUAUUGUGGAUCCUCCUAAACUUCACCUGGAUGGUCUUGGGGAAAAUAACACUGUGACAGUAGUGGCAGGAAACAAACUACGACUUGAGAUCCCCAUCACUGGUGAACCACCUCCAAAAGUCUUUUGGAGUAGAGGGGACAAGAUGGUCACAGACAGUGGAAGAAUACGGGCAGAAUCAUACCCAGACAGCAGCUGCCUGGUCAUUGAUGCAGCUGAGAGGGAGGACUCAGGUCCUUUCAGAAUCACUUUAAAGAAUGAGGCUGGAGAGGACACAGCUCUAAUCAACAUUAAAGUGGUUGAUGUUCCUGAUCCUCCUCAGGCACCAAAUGUGACUGAGGUGGGUGAAGACUGGUGUAUUAUGACCUGGGAACCUCCAGCAAAUGAUGGUGGAUCACCCAUUUUAGGAUAUUUCAUUGAGAGGAAAAAGAAACAAAGCUCCAGGUGGAUGAGGCUGAAUUUCGAACUCUGUAAGGAAACAACUUUUGAGCCAAAGAAAAUGAUUGAAGGUGUUGCUUAUGAGGUCCGUGUGUUUGCUGUCAAUGCCAUCGGCAUGUCCAAGCCAAGCAUGCCUUCCAAGUCCUUUGUUCCUUUAGCUGUUACCAGCCCCCCAACGAUGCUGGCAGUGGACAGCGUGACCGACACCUCGGUGACAAUGAAGUGGAGGCCACCAGACCAGAUUGGGGCGGCAGGGUUGGACGGCUACGUGGUGGAAUACUGCUUUGAAGGAAGUAUCAGGUGCUCUGGCUCUCAGGCAGAGAAUAAUCAGGCAGAAAACCUCAAGGAGCAGGGUUUUGUUCAGGCUUCCUUUGAUGGAUUCUCUCAAGGUAUAUCGACAGAUCUGUCUGAGGAAUUGGGGGAGCCACCUUUUAACCUGGAAGCUGAUGAAUGGAUCGUGGCUAACCCAGAGCUGACAGACAAAACGAAGUUUACCAUCAAUGGCCUUCCAACUGGCUCAAAAAUCCUUGUGAGAGUAAAAGCUGUCAAUGCUGCUGGUGAAAGUGAGCCCAAGUACCACCCACAGCCUAUUUUAGUCAAGGAAGUGAUAGAACCUCCAAAGAUUCGUCUACCAAGACACUUAAAACAAACCUAUACUCGAAGAGUUGGAGAAACUGUGAAUCUUGUUAUUCCUUUCCAGGGAAAACCAAGGGCAAAAGUGUCUUGGGAGAAAAACGGUUCUCCGAUCGACAAGAACGACAUCAACAUCCGCAACACGGAGCAGGACACCAUCAUCUUCAUCCGAAAGGCAGAGCGGGGGCACUCCGGGGAGUACGACAUGAAAGUGGAGGUGGAGAACUUGGUGGACAAAGCUACAAUAGAUAUUCAGAUCGUUGAUCGUCCAGGCCCACCAGAGGUUGUGACUAUUGAGGAUGUCUGGGGAGAGAAUGUGAAUUUAUCAUGGAAGCCACCAAAAGAUGACGGCAAUGCUGCCAUUACUGGGUACACUAUUCAAAAAGCAGAUAAGAAGAGUAUGGAGUGGUUCACCGUGAUUGAGCACUACCACCGCACCAGUGCCACCAUCAACGAGCUGGUCAUAGGCAACGAGUACUACUUCAGGGUCUUUGCUGAGAACAUGUGCGGCCUCAGCGAGGAUGCAACCAUGACCAAAGAGAGUGCUCUGAUUGCAAAGGAUGGUAAAGUCUACAAAUACCCAGUUUACGAUGACUUUGACUUCAGCGAGCGGCCGCUGUUCACUCAGCCCCUGGUGAACACGUUUGCUGUAGCUGGUUACAAUGCCACCCUGAACUGCAGCGUCCGGGGCAACCCCAAGCCCAAAAUAACGUGGAUGAAAAACAAAGUGCUCAUAAUGAAUGACCCAAGGUACCGGAUGUUCAGCAACCAAGGUGUCUGUACCUUGGAGAUCCGCAAACCCAACCCCUACGAUGGAGGCACUUACACAUGCCGAGCAGUCAAUGAGCUGGGAGAGGCAGAAGUGGACUGUAAACUGGAAGUAAGAGUGAUCUAUCAUGGAGUAAUUAACCCAGGAGAACCACUCAGCUUGGCGGGGGAUAAUCAGUUACACAGUAAGGAUUUUUGAAUGUGUAUUGUCAUCUAAGGUGGGCUUUCCUUCUUCAAGCUAUUAAUGGAUGGAGUGCCUCCGCAUAUCAUUGACUCAUAUAUGCGUGAAGUGCAGGCAGAC